AUGCCCAUCUGCAGGGAGGGGGAGCCAGCAGUAGGAGGAAUAAACGCUCCUCCAUCCUCGUCUCCUCCGGACUUCUCCUCUUCUCGGCGUUCACCGUCGUCGGCGCUUCCAGACGGUGCCCUGGAGCAAGGCAGCCCAGAUGCUGCAUCGCCGCCACAUUACGUGGAAGUGGAGCAGCAGCUGCUCGCUGUCACAUCUGCAAAGUCCCGCCCACCUCAGGCGGACGGACGGACGGACGGACGCACGCGCGUGCGUCUUUUCACGUACGGCGGGAAAGACGCACGCCGGGAGGAGUUUCUGGCGGUGCAUAGGAGCUUCAUCAGUACUUCCGUCGACUCCAUCUCUUCCGUGCAGAGUCACCCCGGGAACGAUGGCGUCGACGCCUCCCUCGCCAUCGCCUUGACGAUGCCCUUCAGCCCGCCGUCCGGCGACAAGGACCUACAGAGGAUGCUGGGAAACAGCCGACACCCGUACCCGGGGGCGGAGGACGAAGAGGAGGAAGAGGAGGAGGAAGAAGAGGAGGAGGAGGAGGAGAUGGAGGAAGACGAGGACGGAGGGGAAGAGAACGGUGAUCUGGACGGCGGCCGCCCGGCCAAAAGCAACCCGGGACGUGCGUCCAACCCCUACUCGGCCAACCCCGCCCGUCCGCCACCGGCCAAUCCGCAGCAGCGGAGGCCGAAGGAGCGCGCGUCCGCUUCCGGGCCGCCCUCUGAGGACGCCCACAUCGCCAUGAUGGUGUUCCGCAUCGGCAUUCCGGACAUCAAACAAACGAAAUGCCUACGCUUCAACCCGGACGCGACGGUGUGGAAGGCCAAGCAGCAGGUCCUGUGCUCGCUGACCGAGUCGCUGCGGGACGUCCUCAACUACGGCCUCUUCCAGCCCGCCACCGACGGCCACGACGCCAAGUUCCUGGAGGAGGAGCGCCUGCUCAAGGAGUAUCCGCAGUCCUUCGAGAAAGGGGUGCCGUAUUUAGAGUUCCGCUACAAGACGCGAGUGUACAAGCAGACCAACCUGGAUGAGAAGCAGCUGGCCAAACUGCACACUAAGGCCAGUCUGAAGAAAUUCAUGGACUACAUCCAAACCAGCAGCGUGGACAAGAUGAGCAAGUUCUUGGACAAAGGUCUCGACCCCAACUUCCAGGACGCCGACACCGGCGAGACGCCGCUGUCGCUGUCGGUGCAGUGCGAGCCGGGCGGCGGCGAGCCCAUCCGAGUGCUGGUGGACGGCGGCGCCCACAUCGACUUCCGCGCCAAAGACGGCCUGACGCCGCUCCACAAGGCCGUUCGAGGCCACCGCCAUAUCGCCCUGCUGGUGCUGCUGUCUUUGGGCGCCUCCCCGGACUACAAGGACCGGCGGGGUCUGACGCCGCUCUACCACACUGUGCUGACAGGGGGCGACACCUCGUGCUGUGAAACGCUGCUCUACCACCACGCCAAGCUGGGCAUCAGGGACGAGAACGGCUGGGACGAAACGCACCAGGCGUGUCAAAACGGCAACUCCCAGCACUUGGAGCAUCUUCUGUUCUACGGGGCCGACUCCACCUCCCAGAAUGCAUCUGGAAACACUGCCUUGCACAUCUGUGCUUUAUAUAACAAGGAAAGCUGUGCGCGAAUUCUGCUGUACCGAGGAGCCGACAAAGAGACAAAGAACAACAGCGGCCAAACCCCCUUUCAGGUGGCCGUCAUGUCGGGUCAUUUCGAGCUGGGGGAGAUCAUCAAAAACCACCGGGAUGCCGACAUAGUUCCCUUUGUGGAGUCCCCGAAGUACGCCCCCCAGAGGCGGGAGAGCGCGCAGACGCUGAGCUUGCCUCACCCGCAGCCCUUCCUGCGCGCCAACAGCGACAGCAGCAUGAAUAUACCCGACUGGAUGGCGGCGCCCAACUCGCUCAGCGCCAACAUCGUCUCCGUGCAGGGCUUCAAACACACGGGCACCAUCCGCAGCUCUAGCAGUCCCCGAGGGGCCCGGACGCGGUCCCCUUCCCGAGGCCGCCCGGGCGACAAAGAGGACCGCGGUCGGCAGCAGAGUCGCAAGCAAGGGCCGUCCGCCGCCACCGGCGCGCAGACGGCGGGCCAGCGUCGACGCCUAUACAGCGCCGUGCCGGGACGCGUCUUUGUGGCCACGCGAGCCCACUCCGCGCAGGGAGAGCGGGAAAUCAGCUUUGGCAAGGGCGACCGGGUCAAAGUGUUGAGCGUGGGCGAAGGCGGCUACUGGGAGGGGACGGUCCGCGGUCGCACCGGCUGGUUCCCCUCCGACUGCGUGGAAGAAGUCAUGCUUCGGAGUCAAGAAGCCAGAUCAGAGAGCCGCGGCGAGCGGGCCAAGCGUUUGUUCCGUCACUACACGGUGGGCUCGUACGACAGCUUGGACGCUCCCAGUGACUACAUCAUCAAGGAGAAGACGGUGAUUCUGCAGAAGAAAGACAGCGAGGGCUUCGGCUUUGUGCUGCGAGGCGCCAAAGCUCAGACUCCCAUCGAGGAGUUCACCCCGACGCCCGCCUUCCCCGCUUUGCAGUACCUGGAGUCGGUGGACGAGGGCGGCGUGGCCUGGCGGGCCGGUCUCAGGAUGGGCGACUUCCUCAUCGAGGUCAACGGUCAGAACGUGGUGAAGGUGGGUCACCGGCAAGUGGUCAACAUGAUCCGGCAGGGCGGCAACAGCCUGAUGGUCAAGGUGGUGAUGGUGACCCGCAACCCCGACAUGGACGAAGGCGUCCGCAAGAAAAUCCCGCAGCAGAGCAAGCGUCUGAGCACGCCGGCCAUCGCCCUGCGUUCCAAGUCCAUGACGUCCGAGCUGGAAGAGAUGGUGGAAAGAGCUGCUACCCCGUGGAAAAAAAAGUCAGAAAUAGAAUCUUCGCAAGUGGCUGAGAAGAAGCGGACCGUCUAUCAGAUGGCUCUGAAUAAAUUAGAUGAAAUUCUUGCAGCGGCUCAGCAGACAAUCAGCACCAACGAGGCGACGGGCACACGGGGACAGGUGCCCAAACGGGACCGGGCACGCGCUUUCUAUAGCAAUGAGCAAAACUACGCCGAGCAAGCCGGCCUGGCGUCAGGCCUGGUUCUGGCCUACGAGCGGGGACACUACGCCACGCCGCACGGCCCACCGCACGGUAUGCUGCGGCAGAAAUCCAUCGGGGUUCCUGAAGAGGAAAAGCAGUUCCUGCAUCCGCCGGCUGUGAAGUUUGCCCGUAGUCUGUCGGUGCCCGGCCCGGACGAUAUCCCGCCACCCCCGACCACAGCGCCGCCGGACCCGCCCUUCUCCUCCGCGCCGCCCUUGGGUUGGCGAGCCAAGUCGUCCCAGCAGCCCUCCGUCUCCGCGGCGCAGUCCUCGGCCGCCUCUGCCUCAUACUACCAACCCUACUCCCAGGCGGUGCACCUCACCCACUUGGGGCGGGAGAGGACUGGCGGGACGGCGGCGGACCACUCGUCUUUCUAUUCCCAAGUGGGUGCCCACGCUCCCCAAAGCAGGACCGCUACGCGUAAAGUCGCCUAUGCCGGAGAGCCUAUCGGGGGCAUCAAAGGUGCCGGUCUUCGGAGGGGCUAUAGCAGCGCGGUCCCUCCUUCCAGCAUCGCCACCGUCAUGCCGCAGCAACAGCAGACGGCUCAACAACAACGGUUAGAGCGAAGUGCGACCGGAGCAGGAGGUCCUAAAGGCGGCGCCCGGAGAGGCAAGGGUCCCCUGGUAAAACAAUCCAAAGUGGAGGACCUGCGAGCAGCUCAAGGCACACUGGGAGGCAAAGUGGAGAAGAGCUCCAUCCCCAUCCCCACCAUCAUCGUCAAGGCGCCCUCCACCAGCAGCAGCGGCCGUAGCAGCCAGGGCAGCAGCGUGGAGGCCGACACCCCUGCCCCCGGAAAGGCGGAUGACUCCAAAGCCCAUCGCGGUGCUCACCCCCGCACUUGCGCUCCUCAGCCCCCUGCGCCGCCGUCCGUCCCCGCGCCGCCUCCCCCGUCGCUGCCUUCCGUGCGAGCUCAGGACGGGCUGGACUACACCAGCCAGUUCGGGGCAGCGGUGGUGGGCGCGGCUCGGCGAGAUCGCGAACGCUUCCACGAAGCCCGCAGGAAAAGCGCUUCUCUUUUCAUGUCGGCGGAUGAGGACAUGGGUCUCGGUAGCGACGGAAUGGGAGGACUUACGCGGGCUCACCUGUCGCAGCAGCAGCUAAAUACGCAAGCGGAAAGUUCUUCCUCAAAACUGCGGCCCUCAAAGUCGAUCGACGAGGGAAUGUUCUCUGCGGACACCUUCAUCCACCAUGCCCGUAGCAUGCCUCCAGCCUUCGGGCUACCCGAGUACUCAUCGCCCGCCCUGGACUAUCAGCCCAAGUCGGUGCCCGCCGACCUGUACACCACCGCGGGCAGGCAGUCCGCCGCCUCUUCCUCCACUUUUAUUCACCCGCUGACAGGAAAGGCUCUGGACCCCACAUCACCGCUGGGCCUCGCUCUGGCAGCCAGAGAACGUGCACUACGGGAUGACAGCAGGUUAAGAAGGGGCCCGGAACGCCCCUUCAUCCGCCAGAUGUCCAGCGUGGUCUUCCCAUCGUCUGUCACCUCGCAGCCGGUGUCGUCCUCCGCCCAGUCCUCCAGCUCCUACUUGGUCACUUCCUCUUCAUUGGCCGCCACCACUCCUUCUGUCGGACGGCCGCCCUCUCCCAGAAUCGUCAGAGGGGGCGUGUGGCCCGAGGAGAGCGGCGCUGCCGAAAGAGAACGAGAAAGCGGGGGCGCCCGUGAGGGACUCAGAGUUCGCUUCUCAGAAGACAAAACUGUCCACACGCACCACUACCAAUCUCAGCCAUAUCAACCCGGUUUUAAGGAGAGGGAGCGGUCGAGGGAGCGAGACAGGGAGGCCUCGAGGGACGUAGAGCGAGAGAAAGAGCAGGCCGGCUACAUGAGGAGAGCAGAACAGGCCGCAAAUGAGCAGGCAUCGCAGCAGCCUCGGCGACCCUCAUUCCUCAGAAUGGAGAGUCAAACUGACGCAUACGGCUUGUCUCCUAACGCAACCUCCACACUACCGAGCAGUACUCAGCCGACGGUUAAUGCUACAGGGAACACUGGGUCCGGCCUGAUGGUUCUUCCGCCCCCCGCUCCGUCGGUAGACGCAGACGACGAGUUUGUCUACGCCGAACCUCUCCCGCCGCCUUUAGAGUUUGCCAACAGCUUCGAUAGGGGAUAUACGCAACAUCGGCUUCUCCCCAACAUUAACCAACAGAAGGCGCCGCCUCCCCCCCCGCCGCCGCCUCCACCGCCGCCUGCCCAGAAAGAAAUGUUUGGAAGUGCGUUUCCCGCUCACACGCCCCUGCCUUCGCCGCAGGCGGGCGACUCCACUGCCUCCAGCCUCACGUCUUAUGACAGCGAGGUCGCUAACCUGACUCAAUCUGCUCACUCCCCCUCCCAGACAUCACCCAACCCACCUCCUCCCCACUCACCGUCUAUCCUGCAGCCUACGUCAACAGGUGGACCCCCGCCUCCGCCCUCGGUGUCACCGCCCCCGCCUCCUGGCUCCUAUCACCGUCCCUUAUCCGUGGCCCAUCCCCACCACCUGUACAACAGCACCCAUGCUCCCGGGCGCUCCUCACCCACUCCUCCGCUCACCGUAACGCCACCUCCCGCCUACCGGGGUCCCCCUGCGCUUUCCUCCACGGCCGCUGCCUCUGCCCCUCUGAGGGGCGCAGCCUCAUUUGCCACAACCACGAGCUGUGCCACCACAACUACCGCCGCCCCAACGAGCACUUCCACGCAGCUCUACCACGAGCGAACGCACGGUACAUAUGCGGCCCCCGUCCAGAGCGCCCACCACAGGACAGCGGAGCGCCAGCGGCCACCUCCUGCUGCCAAAAAGGGAGAAUCCCAGGAGACGGUGGUGGAUUCCGGAAUAGAAGAGCUGGACAGCCGCAGUAGUAGCGACCACCAUUUGGACAGCAUCCUAGCUAACGUUCGAGCCGACAGAUUAGACCGAGGGGAGAGAGGGGGUGGUCGAUUAGUGGGCGGGACGGCAGAAUCGGGGGAGCGUGGGGAUUUUCUCGAUUCUUACAUGAGCUACCUGGACGGGCAAACCUUUGAAAUGCAGAACGCAACAGCGGCAGCUUCAACCUACCCGAAGAGCAGCCGAUUAAGGGAGGGAACUCGAGGGGGUGAGCUCCACAGACAGACCGGCACUGCCCCCGCAUCCUUCCUCUCUCACAGGCGAAGAGAUGACCAAGAACAGGAAGAAGAAGAGGCUGAGGAGGGUGCCACAACGGCAGACGAAAGCAACCAGGACGGGUUUGGGAUGAGAGACAUGCAGAAUUUAGGACGUCCUAGCUCACCUUACUUUGACCGUCCACGCACUCCCGAGAUGAAGCCUCUUUGGGGCGAGGGUCAAAUGGGGGGUGACGCCGGGGGGCAGUUCGGGGCACUCUUAGAGGGGAAGAAGAUUUACAGCCAGGUUUCAAGUAUAAAGCCAAACAUGAUGGAGAUGAGCAACAAACUACAGCAAAGAACCAAGGACAACUGGAGCAGCCAGAGACCACUUGGCAGACACAGAUUCUCCGAAGAUUCAGCCUCAGCUCUGAGUCCGCCGUUGGCUCGCUCCCAGUCACCUUCGCCAAUCUCUUUAUCGCAACCUUCCCUGUGUCCCUCCCCGACCCCCGCUUCCCAAUACCCCAACUGGGGACGGUCGCCGUCCCCUCAGCCUACUUCCCCGUCUCAGCCUCCCCGUUCUCAUUCCCCGCUAUCCCCUACAUCGUAUUCGCCUUAUCCCACCUCCCCGAAGCACAGACCCGUCUACCGGACCAAAGCCCUGGAGUUCCAGUUCAUCCCGAGUCGGGAUCCCCGCAAAGCUGAGCCUCACAUGCUCCAGCGGAGGAGGGCGCCCAGUCCUCUCAUCUCCCCGUCAGAGAGGCCUAAACUGGGGCCCCCCCGUCCAUCGUCCCUCCCUCUGCUGCCCACUUCUCCUCUGUACAGCGCCAUGUACGACCUACGGGGCUCAAUCACCCCACCCUCGCCCGGUAACCCUCUCGGCGACCCCUACUUCUCACCCUCGCCGCCCCUCUUUGCACCGUCCGGUGCCCCUCCACCUCCAAACUCCACCUUGGUCGUUUCUCGGUCUCUUUCGCCCACUCACUUCCUGUCCGGGACAUCCUCGCCACCCCUUCACCCUCUCCCUCCGCCCACCUGUCUGAGCUACCCCCACCUGCCGCCCCCGUCCCCGACCAAGCCUUUCGCCUCCAAGCCGCUGCCCUACUGGACCAAGUACGACGUGGCCGACUGGCUGGGCUACCUGAAUCUGGCCGAACAUCGCGACCGCUUCCUGGAUAACGAGAUCGACGGGACCCACCUGCCCUCGCUCACCAAAGACGACUACCUGGAUUUGGGCGUCACCCGCGUGGGCCACCGCAUGAACAUAGAACGGGCCCUGAGGUCGGUGAUUGAGAGGCUUUCCAGCAGCCCCUUUCCCAUGUCGGUCCUUUCGCCUCGAGACGAGGGCAGGAUGGAUGACGGGAGUCGGAGUUGA